AUGGAAAUCUGUGUCCUCAUCCCUCAGGAGUUGAUCCUAGGAAGCUCGUCACGUGAUGAAUCGGUUUUGUCAGUGAAGGCAAAUCAGAGAUUCGCGAGAUCCAAGCGGCUUCUCCCAUUCCAAGGAACUGUUCGAACGGACAAAGUGGAGACUUGUGACCGGCUCGACGACGACGAUAUCCGGAAUCGUUUAGGGUGUUACGAAGAAAUCGUAGCCGUGGACAACAAAAAAAUUAAAUACUGCAACUGGGUUCGCUUCCUUCGCGUCGUCACAUCGAUGACCGAAGAAGUGAAUCUCAUUGCAACGAUCGCGCAGGGCGAGACGAUCUUCGAGAGUAUCGUGGAAAUUCCCCCCGGCGGUGAGCUCGUGGCGUUCCUCGACAGACGAGAAGGGAGUCCCCCGUCCCUUCCACCGAACUUCGCCCUCCACCGCAGCGUCAACUUCAUGCAAUACCGAAACGGUAUGGGCAGCAUACUUGAAGAAAAUCCUCUUGACCUCUCUCAGUCGCUCGUGGCGGGAUCGUCGACACGAUCGCCGUCGUCGUCGCCACGACCUGAGAUCAUGACUCCUCCGUCCGAAGGUCGAAGAUCCGCAUGCUCCGACCGGAGCGACCAAACCGAGGACCUUCCACUUGGUCUCACGACAGCUUCACCAACUUUCGCUCCACUGCCGAGACUUCCCCGAUCUCCUCUAGGUCUCACCACGUUUCCUCCGCUCGGUGGUCUCGCUAUUCCACCGACGCAACGGUCGCUCGGACCGAAGAAACCGCGAGAACGGACGCUUCUACCGUGUGAAGUUUGCGGGAAAGCCUUCGACAGACCCUCGCUCCUUCGUCGACACAUGCGAACCCAUACCGGCGAAAAACCCCAUGUUUGUGAUGUAUGCGGAAAAGGAUUCUCUACGUCGAGCUCUCUGAACACGCACCGCCGUAUCCACAGCGGCGAGAAACCGCAUCAGUGUAAUGUGUGCGGGAAGCGAUUCACGGCGUCAUCCAAUCUCUACUACCACAGAAUGACACACAGUAAAGAGAAACCACACAAGUGCACGCUUUGUUCGAAAUCGUUCCCCACGCCCGGUGACUUGAAGAGCCACAUGUAUGUUCAUUCAGGAUCCUGGCCCUACAAGUGUCACAUCUGUAACCGUGGCUUCAGCAAACAGACGAACCUCAAAAAUCACAUUUUCCUCCACACCGGAGACAAACCCCAUAUCUGCGAAAUUUGCAACAAGCGGUUCGCGCUCGCUUGCAACCUGCGCGCCCAUCUCAAAACGCAUGAAGAACAAACACAGCUCGAGAAAACCCAAUGUCCUCAAUGCGACAAGUUUCCCUGCGAGUGCAAAGCGGUCGAGAAAGACAAGGACCUGGAAGAGCACUCAAGCGACGGCGCCUCCGAUUCCGGGUCCGAGAUCAACAACAAGCCCCCGGGAUCGGCUUCCGACAAGCCUCCUCAUUUCAACCUGUUCGGAUCCAUGCUGGACCAGAUGAUGCUGGCCAGUUAUCAGCAGCAAAUGAGCGCCAACUAUCAGCAGCAGAUGAGCGCUCUGCGAGCUCUCAAAAUAUUCCAAGAGGGCGGUUUCGCUCUACCUACGCCUCCGUGA